CUUAACUAAACAAAAAUCUAAGGAAUAAAUAGUGCGGAGGUCUAUGAGAAUUAAGAAAAUCAUGUCGUCUGUUUUGAGCUUGAUGUGGCUGGUUCUCUUUGCAACGUGCAGGUUCACCGAAGGAAAAAUAACACCAGAGUCGUGCAAAGGUGUGAAAUGGAACCCCAUUGCGUACAACAAAACACUUGUUGGUCACGUGAUUGAGAACACCACAGUGACCAAUCAGGGAGCGUGUGAGAUCCGCUGCUUCCUGAACAAGAUGUGCCUCUCGUAUAACUACAAUACCGCUGACCGGAAAUGUCAGCUGAUCUCCGCCGGAAACUAUACUAGCAACACAGCUUUGGUGAAGAAACCGGGUUCCAUCUACCGCGAGAUUGAGGUUUGUGCAAAGCUUGCUUGUCAAGGAAUGUCGACAUGCCUACCUGAUAGGAUCAAUGGUGAUAGUUGCCUUUUAUUGCCAGGAGACUUUUUGCUACAAUUUCCUGAAAAGGGUAACGCUGGGUCCGUGGUGGCAUACGGCGAACUCCCAGAUCUCACAUCAUUUACGGCGUCAGCAUGGUUUCAGUCCCGCAAAGGAUCCACGAAAUCAGAGCUCCAGUCCAUAAUAAGCAUUUACGUAAACAGAGCCACUUCUGGGAAUGGAUUUGGUCUCCAUGUCACUGCAACAGCCGUUAGUUUUUUUGUUAUGAACGUGCAUAUCAGCUACAGCAUUACUCUUUUGGAUGGGAAAUGGCACCAUGUUUGUGUCACGUGGGAAAACGGACAGGGACGGUGGAUGCUCUUUGUUGACGGGUCAGCGGUCGAGAAUGGGAUCGUCAGCACCGGGGAAGAGUUGACAGAGGGAAAUUUGGUUAUCGGACAAGAGCAAGACAAGAAGGCAGGACAAUUUGCAAACACACAGAGUUUUCUUGGUAGUGUUACGAGUGUGAACAUAUGGAGUCACGUGAUAUCUGACGACGAAGUGCGAUCAUUGUCACGUGACUGUCCUUCACUCGCCCACGGGAACGUCAUGGGCUGGGAGGAAGUCCUACACAAAAUCAAAGGAAAUGUUCAAGUAAUUAAAGGCAAAAAGUGCAACCUGUAGCAACCAUUUUGUGGAACAUUCUGGGGAAAGACAUUGGAACACAUGUAACCAUGUUAUCAUUUCAUAAAGUCACUGACUUCAGCUGAGAAUUUGAACAAAGAAACAAUCAUUGCACUUGAAGGCAUCUAUGCACUGUAUUUGCACUGUAUUUGCUUGCUGGGAAUAAAUCGUUCCGUUCUGGCGCCAAAUUUGUGGAGUCGAACUAGUUGUGUUGGAGUAAUCAUCACUACCGGUCAUACGGGCAAUUAUUCAUGUGCUAAAAUGCCUAACCACUGCAGGCUGGUAAAAAAAAUCCUAACCAAUGUUGGCUGGGAAAAAAAAAACAGGAAUGUUCCCCCCUGAGAAAAAGGAACAGAUAUUUUUUCUCAUCAACUUUUAAAAUGGGUUUUAACGUGUUUCGGGAAGGGGACUCGUUGUAUGCACUGGAUACACAUGCUACGGUUUAUUGCAAUGGGAACAUUUGAAGAAUGACAAAAAGAAACUCGUCGGUUUUUCACGUGAUCGAUCACGUGGCUUAUCACAUUCAUUCAUCGUGUUUUAUCGUGUCAUAAUAUCCCAGCAUGCAAAACGCAAUAAGGUAGCUUAUGAUGUGUCUCACCAGAUUCAGGAAUUGAGAUAAAACGGGUCACUUAGCUAGCCUGCUCUCACAAUGUAAAAGAAUAGAAAGGUCCUUCAGACCGGUUCUUUCAAGGUGAAUUUGAUUAGUAAUAAAUCUGAACUCUUC